UUAACUAUCGCCUUUAAACAAGUGACGCUCGCGUCCAGCCGUUUACUGCUCUCAUCAUCCGAAGACGUCGGAAGCCAUGCUGAUCUUGACCGGUUUCGUGCUUUUCGCGGCCGUUUUGGGCGCAGGGGCGGACUCGGGGCCCGAAGUGGCCACCCUGCAGGGCCGGCUCCGGGGCCGAGUGAGGUUCACGCGCGGGAACCGCACGUUCGGGGCCUUCGAGGGGAUAGCGUUCGCCAGGCCGCCGCUGGGGGAGCUCAGGUUUAAGCCUCCGGUGCCUGUGGAGCCUUGGGAGGGCGUUAAAGAAGUGACUCAACCUCACAACAUUUGUCCACAAAGAGAUAUCUACAGGAGAUCCACCUUGAUUGAAGGGGAUGAAGACUGUCUGUACUUAAAUGUGUACACUCCGCAGGUUGCUGGAUUUCCUCAGGUCCACGACAAGGUGCAAAGUCCCCUGCCGGUCAUGGUAUUCUUCCACGGAGGCGGCUGGCUGUGCGGCGGGGGAAACUCCUUCUGGUACGGACCUGAUAUUCUCCUGGACCGAGACGUGAUACUCGUAGUCACGAACUACCGAUUAGGAGCGCUGGGUUUCCUGAGCACCGGAGACGAAGUGGUACCGGGGAACAACGGAAUGAAAGACCAGAAUUUGGCGAUGAAGUGGGUCAAAGAGAACGUGCACGCGUUCGGUGGGGACCCCCAAAAAAUCAACAUCUUCGGGGAGUCGGCAGGGGGCGCUAGCGUCCAGUUACACAUGGUGUCACCUUUGAGCAGAGGUUUGUUCAGCACUGCGAUUUCGCAAAGUGGUACUGCGCAUUGCCUGUGGGCUGUCGCUCCGGACGGACAAGCCCUCAGGCAUGCCACAAUGCUUGCACAAGAGUUCGGAUGCAGUACUGAGUCUAGUUCAGAGUUAGUUGAGUGUUUGAGGAAAGUCCCGGUUUAUGAUUUAGUGGCUAAAGAUCACAUCUUCAUGAAAUGGGAUACCGAUCCCAUGAUUCCGUUCAAGCCGGUCGUCGAACCCAAUCUAGAGGGUGCCUUUUUGGUGGAGCACCCUAUCGAGAGUAUGAAAGAGGGACGGUUUGCCCAAGUACCCUGGAUCGUGGGUUUGAAUACCAACGACGGUGCGUUGCGAGCGGCUGGGAUUUUUGGCAACCCCCACUUGAUCGACGAGCUUGAGGAAAAAUUCCACGAGGUGGUACCAGUUUCGCUGCUGUAUGACGAAAUCAGUCCUCAGGUUCGUUUGGUCACUGAUAGAAUCCGCGACUUCUAUUUCGGUGGUGCCAAACUCAACACAAGUUCUAGGCCUGACGUUGUAGAUAUGUACACCGACGGGUGGUUUUUGAACGGGGCGGACGAAGCAGUCCAGUACUACCUCAAAUACAGCAAAAAACCCAUCUACUAUUACCUCUUCGGGCACCGAGGACCCUCAAGUUUUACGGAGAUCUUCGGCGACAAGGAAAAGGACUACGGGGUGUGUCAUGCAGACGAACUCCAGUACUUGUUCCCUCUGGCUGAAAGUCUCUUCCCGGAUAAACCUCAAACCCCUCAGGAUAAAAAAAUCGCCGAGAUUAUGACCACGCUUUGGGUGAAUUUCGCUCUGACUGGGGAUCCAACCCCUACUACGAGCGACCUUGUCCCAUCUAAGUGGACUCCCGUGACCGGCGACGAUCUCGAAUACUUCCACAUCUCCUCUGACGGAGCUUCCAUGCACAAAGGGCUUUUCAAAAAACGCGCCGAAUUUUGGCGUAACCUCCCUAUACGUACCUCGAACGAAAUAAAAGACGAACUAUGAA